AUGUCCGAUCAGUUCCUACCAGCAGUGGACGGUUUAUCUUCGCAUCCUCCCAGGCUCAUCGUGAUAUAUGGUGAUGGUAUCAGUGAGGCUCAGGAGAUUCUGCCAUCUAGGGAGGCUAGGGAGGCUCUCAGUGCUUCUGACCUUAUCAAGGAGAGUGUGCCUAUGGACCUGCCGAUGGACGGAUAUGAGUUUACAACAGUGAGGCAUCUGAUAGAGUAUCCAGAGGUUGACCAUAAGCUGAUGCAUGAAUUCGAGGAUGCCUGUACGCGAUAUGAUGAGUGGAUGGACGCUCAUAGGGGACUGCACGAUGAGCUUGCCACCCGUAUGCAAAGGGAUGCCGAGGCUAAGGCUGCUGAUAAGACGAACAAGAAGAAGAAGAAGAAUACGAAAUCAUGGAGAUGA